AUUCCAUAAAAAAAGGAAUAAGGAAGAAGAAAAGGUGUUUUUAGUCUAAGCUACAGUAACUCAACUCAAAGCAACUUACCCUUAUUUGUUUUGUUGUUGAUGAAGUCCUUGGUUGUCUGUCACUGUCCAGCUUCGACCCUGGAAUGGCAUCUGACGAUGAGGUAGCAGUUUUCACGCACACCAACUUAGGCACUCACUUGGCCAUCGCUGUCUCUCCCAAUACCACUGUCGGAGAUUUUCACAGGGAACUUGAGAGAACACACCAUGCUUGUUUUCCUGAAUUGGGAAAGAUUGAAGUUCAUGCAUUAAUGGUAAGGCGAAAAUCAUGUUUUUAUCAUCUGCCUUCAUCUAUGCCUAUAAAGUAUGCUUUCCACCAUCAAGUUGGAACAUGGUUCCUCCAUAUUGAAGCAAGGACUUUAAAAGAUUCAGGCAGUCCAUGCUUAUCAAACUUUGCAGCUAUCAAAGUUGGAGAUCAUAAAUGCGAUGGCAACCAUCUAACCGGUUCUCUUGUUCGAGAUACCAGAGAAGGGACCACAAUAUGUAGAGAUGCGGCAGAGUGGAAUUCGGGUUCAAUGACGAAGAAUCAAACUAAUAUUUCACCGAGAGCUAUAACUGCUGACGGUGUCAUCGAUGGAUGCCUAUUGAACUGCAGUGGAGUGAGCCAACAUCCAAGUUCUACAGGCAGUGGUAGAGCCAUGCAGGGUCUACCAGAAGAGCAACUGAGAACCAAAGCGGACAAUGGUUACUGCUCGAGUGCCUUGUCGCCGUUUACAGUGCGAACACCCCCAAAGCAAUCAUUGUUUUUGACACCAGUGGACCGAACCACCAGAAUUCGAAGAAAUAGGUUCGGAAGUAGUGGAGUUGGGAAGCGAAUUAUCCUAGCAUCGAAUAACAUUAGAAUUUCUGAUAAAAAAAGGCCUAUAACUCCUCUUAGCAAUAUCAGAGAUGGGAAACUGUUAUGCUGCAAGAAUUUAUGUCGGGCAAAAUUUUUAGUGUUUGAGAUGAGUGACAGUGAUGAAGAGGAUGUCGAUGCAUUGUAAUUUAAAUGUGUAUUGGAAUCCCAACAUUGCUUCACAUGCAGGGGGGUCCAUUGCAGGGUAUCUCUGGUCCACAAAGGAUUCAGAUUCACAAGGUAUAUGAAGAUGUUAACAAGGCAAAACAAAUGGUACUAAUCUUAAAAGUGUGUUAGAAAUGGAGGGGAGGGUGGUUGCUAGUGGCGGUAUUUGAUUAGAAUGGGAAGCUUCUCAACAAGAAAUCUAUUUGGGGUUGGAUGGCAGAAAAGGAUUGUAUUGUUUCUUGACGAAACCACACAGAGCUAUUUGUCUUUCUGGAUUACCACAUGUCCUUAACUUUUGCUUGUAAGGUAGUUAUUGUUUUCGUAUUAAAUUAUCCCUCCUUUUCUAUUUUCUCAUACUAUAAUUUCAAUGUAACGUGAUCGUCAAAAAACAAUUACUUUAGAAUGGCUGAUAUACGUGGAGUAUAUUAAUUAAAA